CCCAAAAUGGCAGAAUCAUCUCAGCGCUGGUUGGCUCUCGAAUCGAAUCCAGAGGUCAUUAAUAAGUACAUACAAUGCCUUGGUGCUGAUCCUGAAUGGGGAUUUCAAGAUGUCCUAGGCUUUGAUCCCGAGUUGUUGGAAAUGGUUCCAAAACCAGUUGCUGCUGUCUUGCUCUUGUUUCCCUAUACUGAUGCUGUCAAGUCCAGCCCCCAAGGAACAGAGGACGCCAGUGCAAGCCUGUACUUCACCAAGCAGACUAUUGGAAAUGCCUGUGGUACCAUUGGUGUCAUCCAUGCUCUUGCCAACAACAUGGAUAAGAUCAAAAUGGCGUCUGACAAACAUUUCCAGGCUCUAUACGAAGCCACCAAAGACCUAUCUCCUGAAGCCAGGGCUAAAUACUUAGAAGAGGACAAGGAACUUGGUGAUGCUCAUGAGAGCAGUGCUUCUGAGGGACAAACUAAGACCCCUGCACGAGAGGAAUCAGUCCGGCAUCAUUUUGUGACAUUCAUUCAUAAGGAUGGAGGACUUUAUGAAAUGGAUGGGUGCCGAGGUGCCCCAGUUAAUCACAAUAUUCCCACUACACCUGAAACACUAUUAAAAAAUGCAAGCGCUGUGAUCAAGAAGUAUAUUGCGCUUGAGCCAGAUAAUCCAGGAUUCUCCGCUAUCGCCCUCUGCAAACUCGAUGGCUAAUCGACUCAAAUAUUUCCAGGAUGUGUUCAAGGCCUUCGUUGUCGUAUGAGCUAGCAUUUGGAACUGCCGCACGCUUUCAAGAAAUCGACAAUUUACUCGGAAAGGAACUUAUGCAUGAGAUGAUAGCGUCUCAGUAAAAUACCCUGGCAGAAAUGUCAGAUCAGACAAUGGCCCUAAAAAACAAACAGUGAGACUAUUCCAAUAUGAAAAAAACUGCAUCCUUUUACUCAGAUCAUAGGCUUCAACAUGAUCCCAUUCUCCACGAUACUGGCUGCUGAAUUUGCAACUUGAAGGAAUAAGUGUUAUGAAUGUAUAAGCUUUCUGUUAUAGCAACGCUACCAGCAUAAGAGUUAUUCACAAUAAUCAUAUUUGCCAGCAAAUGACAAUCUGUGUCUUCGGGUGUGGUUUCAUUUAAGCAGUUGUUGUAUUGCCGAGAAUUUUUCACCUGUGUGGUUGUGUAUUUCACAUCAUAGCUUUUGCAUCUGAUGAAGGCGUUUUCCAUGUGAACUAAGUAUCCCAAUGGCCAUACCGAAGAAUAUUCAAUGGUGUACAGGGUGUGACACCAAAGUUACGCAUUGCCAACAUUUGAUACGAAUGGUAUGGCCUGGCAAUCAACUGAUUUGACAGAGGCCAAGUAAAGGACUCUGAUGUGAAAUUUAAAUGGUCACUAUAUGUGCUUUAUAUUAUGUUUGAUAUGUUAUGUAACUUCAGCUCUGGACGAAUCUUAAUUUGUAAUCGUUUCCAAAUUCCAACACAGCGAGAGUAGGAAUUCUGACUUCAAAGUAUGAGUCUGUACCUCACUGCUGUUUGCUGCAAGGUAUAGGUGGUAUUUGUCCCUGAUGUAUUUAUAAUCAUGUAUUGCUAAUUGCCCAAGGUGUGAAGAUAUCUACUCAAUUAAGAUUGUUCGCUUUCAUGAAAGUAGAUGCCAAUGCAAGAUAAUCAUUGCCUGGACAGGUCAUUUUUGGUUUCCGUAGAAGUCCGCAACUUGCUAAAUUUAAAAUAUUCAUAUGACUGAAACCCUGAUAUGCUAAUGACACAGAAUUGGAUGACUAUUCCCCGCUUACAUUCCAUUUUUGAGGGGAGUCCUAGCUUCUUUGUCAGGAAUGAAUUAUUUAUCCAUUCUGUGCGGAUUGACAACGACCUCUUGUAAAGUGUUUCUUUAUACACAAUGUGAACAUCAUGAUACAGCUGCUAAAGAACUAGUCAAACUUUGCUUUAUCACUUUUCUGAUGACAUUUUAUGGCUUGCCGUCACUUGAGAUAUGAAAACAUUGCCUUGCUGUGUCUGCCUCCUUGUAUGUAUCUGAAAUCAUUGGUGUAAUAAAACUUGCCAUAUUGUGCGUGAAAUGAAA